ACAGCGGGCCCCCCAUUAGCGUCGUGAAGUCGUGAGAACUCGUAGCCUCCAUCUUUGAACUUUCACGACGAUGCUCCCCAACCGUCAGUAUCUUCUCCGGAGAAGAAACUCUCACCGUCGGAACACCGAAACCCUAAGUUUCACCGGCGAGCCAAAGAGACAAAGCAGAGAUUGAUAACGCCGCGUUUCAUUUCCUGUUCCGUAAAUUUGUACGGUUGACUUCGAGCCUUAAUGAUUAUCGGGCUGAUGCUCGCAGAUACUUGUCCGAACACCUCCUUGUAUGUAUACAUUUGUAUACAGGAGUAGAGAUAAUCGAUGGAUCCGGAGCAGACGUUUAUACGGGUUCAAGAGCGGUUCUCCCAGAUGGUGAGUCCCAGGAUUCGAGCUACGCUCGAGUAUCUCUACCUCUUCACCGCCAUCACUCUUUUCUGUAUUCUCGUUGUUAUGCACGCCAACUAUGUCCAGCAGCCUGGUUGUUCGAGUGAGCUGUGGAAAGUGAACAUCUCCGACGUGCAAAUUAUUCAAAUCAAGAUUACUAGCGCUGGCUUGUGGCUCCACAAUGAGACCAACUAUGAUGAAGAAGCUAAUGUCCCUAGUGACCGAAGUAAUACUGAGAUUCUUAGAGUCAUACAUGUUGUAGAGGAUGGCUCAGUUAUUCUGACAGCAAAGUUAUGGUUGAACUGGCUUUUUUCUGGAGCUUGGAGGGGUAAAUCUGCUCCAAAUUUUUGGAAGGCAGACAACGAGUUUCUGGAAUCUCAACCUCAAACUUCUACUAGUGGAAUAAACAUCAAGGCUGCAGGUGAUAAAGCUGCUCAUAGGAUUAAAAAAGAUAGGUCACUUAGCCGGCUUCUUACAUCUUCAAAGCAAUCACUCAAAUCGGCCGUAUUUAAGCUUGGACGAAAGUGGCAUAGGCGUUCGUAUGUCCUUUGGAGAUUUGCGAAGCGUGUUCUUGGAGGUUUAUGGGGUAUAGCCGGUAUACAUUUGAAAAUUGAUAUUCCACAGCUUCUUAAAACGCUUCACUUGCACCGGCUUAACUCCUAUGCUGUGCAUUGGCUAGAGAGGAGAAGUAACACCUUUGAACCAACUUUCUUAUUCACUAUGGAGAAGGGUUAUUUCUUGCUAACUGAAGAAGCCAGGCUACAACAUAACAUUAAUACAAUCAAUAUAAGCAUCUCAGCUCAACAUCCGUGCUUUGGAAACAGGUGGCAGCAACUUCUUAUCAACAGGCUUGUUGGAUAUGAUACUAUUCUGAUCAACAGUUUGUUGAGUUCUCCUGGUCAAGGCUAUCUUUAUAAUCAUCAAACAAAGGAGUUUUACAAUCUUACUUAUGCACACGAGCAGCCUCAAAGUUCUGCUACAUUAGGGGAUUACCUUGUGACAAAGUGUGGCGUACUCAUGAUGUCACUUUUUGUUUUCUUUACAACGACAAUGUCAGUUUCAUUUACUUUAAGAGAGACACAAACUCGUAUGCUGAAAUUUACAGUUCAGCUCCAACAUCAUGCUCGGCAUAGGCUUCCAACCUUUCAAUUAAUAUUUGUUCAUGUAAUUGAAUCCCUUGUUUUCGUGCCGAUAAUGAUCGGUAUCCUAUUUUUCCUGUUUGAGUUUUAUGAUGAUCAAUUGUUGGCUUUCAUGGUCUUGAUUCUUGUUUGGCUGUGCGAACUUUUUACGCUGAUCAGUGUCCGCACACCAAUAUCGAUGAAAUACUUUCCUCGCUUCUUUUUGCUCUAUUUCCUGGUUUUCCAUAUAUACUUCUUUUCCUAUACUUAUGGCUUUUCUUAUCUGGCACUGUCCGCAACUGCUGCAUUUGUCCAACAUCUAAUCAUUUACUUUUGGAACCGUUUUGAGGUCCCAGCAUUGCAGAGAUUCAUCCAAAACCGGCGGUCACAUUUUCAACAGCACCCGAACUUCCACAUCACAUCAUCGACCAUUCUUGCAUCAACCCUACACAUUACCAGGUUAAACGCCACAAGGAACGAAGCCGCGCCAGCGGAGACCAGAAACCCCAAUCUUCAUGUCGGAGGCCAGACCGCCGAAACCCGCCAACCCCCAGAGAAUGAAACCAACCACCCAGGAGGAGGAGGAGGAGGCAUGAACUCACUCAGCAACUUACUGUUGUGGAUUUUGGGAGGCUCCUCCACCGAAAGUCUCAACUCUUUCCUUUCUAUAUUCCGAGAUGUCCGAGAGCACGGUCAGGUUUUUGCAGAUAAUGGAACCGACGGGCAAGAAAAUAAUCAGACGCAGCAGACCGACGAAUAGAAAGAUGGAAUGGUGAGAGGAUCAUGGCCAAUCAUUAUCUUUGAAACAUAUGGUGUUUAUCAAAUUCUGGUGUUCAAAUAGAUUUAUCCAUGACGAGGAAAAGUGCUUUAGAGAAAAAAAUGAAAGCAAAAGAAAAAAUUGCACAUAGAAAUGUUUUUAUUUUAAUUUUUUACAAAGGCGGGGUUUAAAGUUUUGGGGUUAUGGAUGAAACGCUGAAGGGAUGCCCAUGGUUAGUCUUUUGUUGUAAUAUUCUUGUACAGUGAUACACAUAAUAUGAUGAUAAUUGAUUGUUGUAUUUGGUUUGUGUUU